UGGCGUUAUUGCGAAGUUAUUGGAUCAUAAGUUAGCGCUCCGACAAGCUAUUGAACAAAUAUGUAAGUUAGUCCGAAAACAAGAAUUUUUGAUGUCGAUUAUUGAGCUCGGUCUUCUGGAGCCAUCUAAUCAAUUACUGCAUGAACUCAAGCUUGCUGACUCCGAGAAUAAUUUGGAUAAUUUAGGUCAGGGGAGUAACCGAACGAAACCUAUGAAUCAAUAUCACGAGUACAUAAAUUUUAAGCUCAACCUAAUAAAAAAUUUGUGCGAGUCGCCCAUUGCAGCCCACAGUAAUUUAUCAAAAAAUGCAUUACGCUUACUUCACUCGGCACAAAUGGCGGAUAUGGAAUUUGAAGUUCAUACUUAUACAUCAUCAACAUCAAGCGACAAAGUUUGGGCUACAUUGAUGAUGUCGCACAUUGAAGACAGAAAUACGCCGCUUCAAGUUCAUAGUUUUAAGGCACAUCGUGUUAUUGUGGCUGCACGCUGUGAAUGGUUUAAAAAAGCGCUAAUGUCUGGAAUGCAGGAAUCUAUUAACAGAAAAGUCGUUAUUACGGACACUUCGCCGGUAAUCUUUCGAAGACUACUGCUCUACAUAUAUGGUGCUCCUAUAGAUCGUACUGUGGGAGCAGAUCAAAUAUGCGAGCUAAUGCUGCUGGCCGAUAGAUACUCAAUUGAUAAUUUGAAGGUAGUUUGGCCAAGAUCCUAA